AAAGCAAAAGUAUAUGGCUUAUAUGUCUUUACACAACUGUAGCCGGUGACAUAGUUUGCACAUAAUCUAAAAUUGGUUUUAGGAGCUUCUAACUAGUGGUUCUCCAGGAGGAGAUGGAUUACGAAUUUGGCCGAGAAAGUGGUUUUAUCAACAGCCAGCCGUCGCUCGCUGAGUGCCUGACAUCUUUGACCAAUCCCGCUGGUGAUGCUUUUCAAAGUUCGUCAAUCAAGAGUUCGCCGCGCUCGUUGCCGACACUGCAGACGGUCUCCGGCUUGGACACGAGUGUCCCCCCGCGCCAAGACCGCUCUACGCCGGCUCUGAGAGGCUGCAGCCCGCUGCAGACUGCGUCUAUACUCGCAGAGUACCCGUGGAUGAAUGAGAAGAAAAACCAGAGGGGCCGGGCUGCUGCUGCUCCUGCUUCCCCUGUUGAUGCUGCGCCGACGACUGACUCCCCGCCACACUACUUUCCCCCCCAAGGUUCUCCGGAGGAGCCAGAGAGCACUGACGACGGCGCGUCCAAGAGACUGAGGACAGCGUACACCAACAACCAACUUCUCGAGCUGGAGAAGGAAUUUCAUUUCAACAAGUAUCUUUGCAGACCCAGGCGAGUGGAGAUUGCGGCGCUUUUGGAUUUAUCAGAGAAGCAGGUGAAGGUGUGGUUCCAGAACAGGCGAAUGAAGCACAAAAGGCAGAGUCACUGCAAGGAGAACUGGGACGGUGAGAGGAAAUACGCGUGCGUAAAGGACGCGCCGGGGAUCGACUUCCAGCAGGCUGCGGACAGCAGCAUGGCGGCCCAGAGGGAGAGGUGUUCCGACCAACACACACCGACUUCACCCCACAACAACAACGCAAAUAGAAGGGGGAACCAAGCUGCCUCCCUGAUGAGCAGCAAUGAGAAACAUCUGAAACAUUUUCCAAACCCAACACCCACUGCUCCCGCCUGCGCAUCAACAAUGGGCCCAGACAAUGAUGACUCCUCCAGCCUGGACGGGUCCUUGCAGACAUUCCAACCUAUCUCCUCGUCUUCCUCUUUCUCACCGAGUUUGUCGGAGUCAGCCCAGAGUCCCCUUCAUUUGCCCUCCGAGAGUUUCAACUUUUUCACGGAAACAUUCACAGCAAUGGACCAGCAAAACCUGAUUUACUGAAAGACACUUCUCAGUUUGCUGUUGCGUUUUUGCGUGCUCGGUUUUUAGAGUUAUGUUUGCAGAAAAAUAAUCACAUUUCACGAGGUAAGUUUAAGUUAAAUAAGCUUUCACUGAAGCAUCAUUGGUUCUUGUAGGUCUUAAAACGUCCUCACAUUUGUAUUUUUUUUAGAAAACAAAGCAAAAUAAUUCUAUUGAAAUAAAGCUUUACGACAAGUGAA